AUGUUCGCCUCGGCCACAUUGCCGCGCUCGGCCGGCUCUUCGCUGCGUUCAGUGCUGUCGGCUCAAACCACAAACACCGUGUGUCGUUCCACCGGCAAUGGUCUUGAUUUGGACGAUGACAAAGAUCCGCGGGAUGUUUCGAAUAAUAGCUUUAAUCGUUUCGAUCCCAAAUACAUUAGCAUUGGUCCCAAGGCGGUCAGGGGCAAUAAUAAUUUGAAUGUUUUGGCUGCGGCCACGGCAAACAAGUGUGCCACUCUGGGUCGCCCACAUGGUGUCCGUUAUGGUGGUUCAUUGCGUGGCACUAGUCCAUCGCCGAAUUUGCGCAGUGCCAAGACACCAUCGAUAGCGACCGUCUCAAAAGAUUAUUGUCCCCAGCCGGAUUGUAUACCGCAGUCGUAUAAUGUCAAUGCCACAGAUGUGAUUGUGCCGCCAUCGCAGACAGCACAGCCGCCACCACCACCACUGCCGCCGCCCAAGCCGAAGAAUACGUUUACGGAAAUACCGGGCACUACAGGGGUGGGCAGUAUCUAUGCCAAAGAACAGCAAUUGCAGCAGCAACAGCAAAUGCAAUUGCAACAGCAACAACAGCAGCAAUAUCAAUUACAGGAAAUCCAAGCGGUGCCGGCCACGCCCACAGUCCAACAAAGACCAUUGCCAGUGCAGCAUCAUCCACCGACGACCCACAUUUUGCCACCGUCAGCCGUCUACAGCAUUGAAAGUUCAACAUACCAGCAGCAGCAACAACAGCUACAACAACAGCAGCAGCAACAACAACAACUUCAACAGCAGCAACAACACCAACAACAACUUCAGCAGCAGCAAAAACAAUUACAACAACAGCUACAGCAAGAACAAACCCAAGCCGUACCACCACCUCCACCACCCACACAAACCAUACCCUCACGACCAUUGCCUCCCCAACCCUCCUCCUCCGCAGCCAAUACAACUCCCCUGCUACCCUUACCACGUUCCCUCAAUCCCAAUUCCAUAGUAAAUCAACCCUUGCCAGAUAUACCCACUCAGACACCCCAGCCACCAUCGAAAAUUUCACCCCAGCCUUUGUGUGCAGCCAAUCUGAAUCAAUACCGGUCUCUGCAGCGACCUCAACAAUCCAAACUACAACUACAGACCCCCUCUCAGCAACAACAACUUCAGCCGCCUAGUUUGCCACCCAAAAAUCGCCACAAAAGCCGCGGCGAACAUUCCAAUCAAAUGCAACAAACCUUGCCCCCCAAAUCCAGUAGCCUAAGGCAACAACAAAGUGCCCCCAUUAUUUCUUAUGAACCCGAUCGGGAGCGUGAACGAGAACGGGAACGUCGUGAUCGUGAACGUGACAAACACGAACGUAUACGACGUUCCGAAACCUUGGAUAAUGCUCGAACAAAUGCCGCCUACAUGGACUCACAUGGCAAAAAGCAACAUUCUUAUGAUAGUGGUCAAGCACCGCCCAGUUAUCGGCACACAGCGGCGGGACCGGCCACCACACCCAACAACAAUUUCCAUCACAGCAGCAGCAAUCUCUCCGCGAAGCAACAACAGCAGCUGCAACAACAACAAUUGCUUGCCGAGGCCCAACAUCAACAGCAAAUGUAUUAUCGAUCGCUGAAACGCGGCGGAUCCCAGGCCAACAACGACAUGUACUCGGUGACGGAAUUGUAGGAAUGCGCCUGCUGCGGCGGAGGUGUAGAUGUUGUGAGGCGCACCAAGUGCACCACAACAUCCACCACCUCUGCCGUAGCGUUGGCAAAUAGUCCCUGUGCCGCCCCCAUUCCCCUACCGCCCAAAAAGCAUCAACGUUCCUCAUCGAGUGGGCGAGAGCCACGCGAAUCGACCGUAGCCUACAAUGCCAAUAAAUGUGAUGAACAUGAAUACGACGAGUAUUGUCCGGGUGCCUAUGAGCCGCA